UAUCAUAUGACUUUUAAUUGUAAAUACAUGUCGCAUGACUUUUAAUUGUAAAUACAUGUUGCCUCUGCUGAUUUAUUGUAGGAUGGUCUGACUGAGUGAAAAACGGCUGUGAAGUGAGCGCAGGUGGCUUUUAGUUUACUGUUUUAACUCCACAAGAAGUCUACAUAUAUAUCUACUAGUCUACUACUACAGUACAGAGACAAUGAUAACCAUGAUAACCAAAGGCCUGUCUGCAGUGGUAUUAUUGUUCGUGUUUACAUCCACCAGGGUAUUGGCGUCCCCGGACAUACUGCAAGUCAACACAACCACACAUCGGAUAAUAGAUGGCACUGGGAGGGAGCGAUAUUUCCAUGGUGCCAACGUGGUAGUGAAGGGUCCCCCCUGGAUACCGCGCACGGACAAGUUCGACCCAUACUGGAGCUUUUGUGAGGAGGACAUGAAACUAUUACAGAGCUGGGGACUCAAUGCUAUCAGGUAUGGUAUGAUGUGGCCGGGGGUCGAGCCUGAGAAUGGACAGUACAACGAUACCUACCUUGCUGCCUCCAGGGACAUCAUCAACAAAGCUGGAGAGUAUGGCAUCCACACGAUAUUGGACAUGCACCAGGACGUCCUCUCAGAGAAGUUCUGUGGGGAGGGAAUACCAGACUGGGCCGUGGACGUGGGAAAUGCCAAAGACUUUCCAUUUCCAUUGGAUACACCGUAUACCUAUGACAAGGAGGCUGGUUACCCCACAACGGAGGACUGUGCCAAGCAUGACUGGUCGUCCUAUCAGGUUGCUCACGCCACAGGGGCUGCUUAUCAAGCUCUGUACAACAACUCAAAUGGUCUGGCUGACAAGAUGGCGGCGUUCUGGGGAAGAGUGGCUCAAGAGUUUGCAGAUAAUGAGUACGUCCUCGGUUAUGAGCUCAUCAACGAACCGUGGGCAGGUGACAUCUACGAAAAUCCUGAGCUGUUAGUGCCCACUGAAGCUGAUAAAAUUAACCUGGCUCCCUUCUACGAAAUUCUGAACCCAAUGAUCAGGAAAUACGACGACAAACACAGUGUCUACUUCACGAGUGUCACAUGGGACGAGACUAGAGUUGGAUUCAGUCAAGUACCCGGUGGCCACGAGUACCAGAACAGGAGCGUGUUGGCAUGGCAUUUCUAUAUUCCCCCUCAGUUAAAUGACGCUAUCACAUUCUAUGAGAGGCAGAAGGACAUUGAGAAACUCGGCUGUGCAGGUUUCGUCACUGAGUUUCGACUUGGAGAUAAAACUACUCUAGCAAAAGCUGAUGAGUAUCUCAUUUCGUGGACUGGCUGGGACUACAAGGCCUACGUCCCCAUCACUGGUUCGAGCAAUGGCUUCUGGAAUGGUGUGAACGGCACCCUCAACACUGACCUCGUCAAGACUAUGAGUCGGACCUAUGCCCAAGCUGUGGCCGGUGUUGCUAUGGAGAUGAAAUUCGACCCCGAUAGCCUCAAGUUUUCUCUCAAAUACACCAUCACUGACGCUUGCUCUUCCACUGUUACAGAAAUUUACCUUAACGAGGACAUACACUAUCAGAUGGGGUACACUGUUACCUUGGAAACUAGCGACAAGGAUGGUGGUGGUGUAAUGUGGUCCUCUCCCAAACAUAACACAGUUCAAGUUCAGCAUGAUCCCACCCUCCCCCACGGCUCUAUCGUUACAGUCACCAUAGAAGCAAAGAGUUAGAGAGAAAAUGACUUCUAAUAAUAAACUGUACAUUAUAUUAACAUGACUACUAUUUAUAUGCAGUUUAUAUUCAUAUUAUGCUGGCAUCUCUGUUGUAAUCAUAAUAAUUAUUUGAUAAUUAUUGGCACAAAA